AUGCAUGAUAGCAUCCACACUGGAGAAAAACCAAAACAAUUAUCCAAAUGUGUUGAAAGCUUUAGUCAGAACAGCUUCCUUGAGAAACCCUUCGAAUGUUCUGACUGUGGGAAAACUUUCAAUCACAAUUCCAGUUUGGAGAUAUAUCAGUGGAUUCACUCCAGGGAUAAGCUGUAUGAGUGUCCAGAUUGUGGGAAAAGAAAUUGUCACAUGAUGAGACACCAGAGGACUCGCACAGGAGAGAAACGCUUUGAAUGUUGUCUUUGUGGGAAACGUUUCAGUCAGAAUUACCAUCUCACGAGACACCAGAGGACUCAUACAGGAGAGAAAGCACAUGAGUGUCCUGUUUGUGGCAAAAGUUUCAAUCAGAAUUCCAACCUCAUGAGACACCAGAGGACUCACACAGGAGAGAAACCCUUUGAAUGUCCUGAUUGUGGGAAAAGUUUCAGUUAUAAUUCCAGCCUGAUGAUACACCAGAGGACUCACACAGGAGAGAAACCCUUUGAAUGUCCUAAUUGUGGGAAAGAUUUUAGGGAUAAUUUCAGCCUGGUGAUACACCAGAGUACUCACACAGGAGAGAAACCCUUUGAAUGUCCUGAUUGUGGGAAACGUUUCACUCAGAAUUCCAACCUCAUGAGACACCAGAGGAUUCACACAGGAGAGAAACCUUUUGAAUGUCCUGAUUGUGGGGAAAGUUUCAGUCAGAUGUCCACCCUGGUGAAACACCAGAUGAUUCACACAGGAGAAAAACCCUUUGACUGUCCUAUCUGUGGGAAAAGUUUCAGUCGCAAUUCCAACCUUGUGGUACACCAGAGGAUUCACACAGGAGAGAAACCCUUUGAAUGUCCUGAUUGUGGCAAAAGUUUCAGUUAUAAUUCCAGCCUGGUGAUACACCAGAGGACUCACACAGGAGAGAAACCCUUUGAAUGUCCUGAUUGUGGCAAACGUUUCAGUGAGAAAUCUAACCUGGUGAAACACCAGAGGACUCAUACAUUAGAGAAAACAUUUGAAUGUCCUGAUUGUGGAAAAUGUUUCAGGGAUAAUUCCAACAUGGCGAACCACCAGAAGACUCACACAGGAGAGAAAUUGUAUCAGUGUCCGGACUGUUGGAAAAGUUUCAGUCAAAAUUCCAACCUAGUGAUACCCCAGAGGACACACAUAGGAGAGAAACCAUAUCAGUGUCCAGAUUGUGGGAAAUGUUUCAGUGAGAUGUCCAACCUGGUGAAACACCGGAGGAUUCACACAGAAGAGAAACCCUUUGACUGUCCUGUCUGUGGGAAAAGUUUCAGUCGCAAUUCCAACCUGGUGACACACCAGAGGACUCACACAGGAGAG